AGAAAUGAGAAGUUCCUAAUUUUUCAGUGAAGACAGAAGAGAUGCAGCGUGAACCCAUCAGAGCCUCCAACAUGAAAGUCUGUCACACUUUGAUCUGCGUCGUCUUCCUCUCACUGUGGGAUGGAAACACUGCCUGCCUCCAUAGUGACACCUCCGUCUAUACAAGAACUGAAGGAGAAAACAUCAGAGCUUCGUGUCACUUUGAUUUCUCUUUGUCUGGAAAACAUAAGAUCUUCUGUAAGGGAGAAUGUGAAGAAAAAGACAUUCUCAUUGAAACAUAUGAGGACAGAGCUCAGAGAGGCAGAUACAGCAUCCAAUAUAAACACUUAGAUCCUCAACCAUCUAUUAUCUCUAUGGAUGUGAGCAUCUCAAACCUGACUAAGUCUGACUCAGGGUGGUACAGAUGUAAGGUGGACAGAUCUACAGAUUCUUACGAUGACUUUGAGCUCAGAGUUGAAGAUGCUCCAACCGCUUCAAAACCAAAGUGGAAAACCACCACCAAAGCACCUUUUACACCAUCAGUCCCAUCAGCCUCCAAACCGACAACAACACAGAGUUUAAGCUCCAGUUCAGGAAGCUCCACACCUUCAUCAUCCUUGCCUGAAACCCCCAUACUGUCUGAACAGCGACAGUCAGCUCAAGCUCCAGGUCAAGGUCCAGGUGUGCUGCAGUAUGUGAGUCUGACUGUGGUCGUCAUGAUCAUCGUAUUAUCAGCGGCUGUGCUGAUAUUCUGCAGGAAGAGGGCCAGUGAAGCCAAAGAACCUACUGUGGAGUAUGUUCAUUUCAACGAGGAGGAGGACAGACAGAGCACAUCUCCUCCUGAAGAAAUAUCUACAGUUUACACUCACAGCAGCCAGUUCUCAGGAGAACACUUCCAGAAAGUUCCCCUACUCUGAGGUGCAGCAGCUCAACGGCGCCCCCUGUGGUGAUGCAGAUCAUUUUGUCUCCUCUCUGAUUUCUGUUUCAUGCUGAAUGUACCUGUUGGCUAUUGGUCCUUUUCUGAUCACAUGGGUAGGGUCAUAGCUGAGAGCAGCCAUUUGUCUGGAGGUUACACAGUAGGAACUCCAGAGCUUUAAUCCUUCGCUGCCAUGGAGAAGCUUUGUAUGUAAGUUUAUAUUACAUGUUUCAUCUACAUGAAUGAAGAUCAAUGCAUAUUUUGUUGUUUUAUUUCCUAUUUGUGGAGAUUUAGAGAUACUUAAACGCUUUUUUUGCCAGAUUUUGUGCAGCCAUCUGUCAAGCAAGUACAUUUCUGCACCCUUUAUUUACAUUAAGAACAUUUUCUUGGGUAUUUACUCUCAGUUUCACAGUUUCUAGAAAAGCAUUGUAAGAAAGUAAGUUGACAAAGACAAACAAGUAAACUACUGUCAAAUGUUCUUCCAUGUCUGACCAUUUAACCCAUUCAGUGGCUAAUUCCUGCAGUGAUUUGCAGAUAUGCAGUAAUAAAAAAAAGUAAACUGUUGAAAGAGAA